CUCAGAGCAUCGCGACCAUCUCCUCCCCCGCCACUUCACGCCAUCUUUCUACGUGUCCUUGACCUCUUGGUCCUCGUCUUCAACUACCAGGUAUCUAUUCCCACAUUUCUCCUUGCUCCUCACCUUCCGCCACGUAUCGCUGGGCCUUCUGCUAACUGUCAGUUCCUAGUACGAUGUAUGACUACUGUCCAUACUGGUGCGAUGAAUGCUCAAGAGGAUUCAAUUCAGCACGCGCUCUGGAGCAGCAUAAUGAGGCUGUUGAGCACUUUGAUCUCUUCAAUGACACGGAUGAGGAAUGGGAGUGCGAAUACUGUGAUCGUGUUUGCGCGUCUGAGCAAGCCAUUAAUCAACAUACGAGAGAUAGCCACUCAUGGGAAUGCGAACAUUGUGAUAGAGUAUGCGCGUCCGAAGAAGACAUCAAUUAGCACAAAAGAAAACACCACUCUUGGAAAUGCAGAUAUUGUGACCGAAUCUGUGCGUCUGAGGAAUCCAUCAAUCAGCAUACGAGAGAUUGUCACUCCCAAGUUGUAGUCUAUCAAACUCAACCUCAACCUCAACAUGAAUGUUAUACAUGCCAUCGACGAUUUCAUGAUAGAGGCCAGAUGUUCGCGCACAUACAUCAACAACAUCCCACGACCAAAAAGGAAGUCGUCCCAUCAGCAGCGACUAUCGCUCAGAUAGUUCAGUCUGCCUUUGAAGGUUUGCCACCUACGCAAGUGUCGGAACCACUAGUGGCAUCAUGUAACACUCUAUUUUGUGGGGCAAAGUUCACAUCCAUCGAAGCCCACGAUUUACAUGUUCACAAAGUCCAUCAACACCUUUGUAAAUUGUGCAGCAAAGUAUUCGCGACCGUCGAUCUACUUGUUGCCCACAAAGAUAGCAUGCACCAUUUCUUUUGUACAAGUUCUGGUUGCGGUGCAUACCUCAAGACCACUGAAGAAUUGGGUUUACACAUACGAAAAAGUCAUCAUCAUAGAUGCGACAUAUGCGAGACGAUCUUUCCUGAAAUACAGGGACUUCUGGAUCAUAAAGAUUCCGUCCACAAAUAUCGAUGCGACCACGACGGAUGCGGUGCCAGUUUUGAGUCAUUAGCAAAACGAGUAUUUCACUCAGAAACCCACCGGCGUGCUUGUGAUAAAUGCCAAGAUACGUUUCCUUCGAUUGAAAGUCUCAUCGAACACAGAGAUAAGGCUCAUCUGUUCCGAUGCGAUCAUGAAGGAUGCUCAGCACUCUUUUAUAAUCCAGAAAGUCGCAAUAUACAUUUGCGCAUCAAUCACCGACAUAAGUGUGACAAGUGUAAGAGCUUCUUUUCUACUAUCCAAGGCUUGCUUGAGCACAGGGACUCGACACAUCUGUUUUCCUGUGAGGCCAGUGGCUGUGAUGCACGCUUUGCUACACAGAGUGCCCUGGAAUCGCAUCUUACCGUUCAUCAGCACAUGUGCCCAAACUGUACGAAUGUCUUCUCCACAGCUGUCGACCUCUCCAAGCAUAUCGCCUCGACUCAUCGGUUCCGAUGCAAGGAAGAAGAUUGCGAGGCCUGGUUUGACAGAGUUGGUGGCUUGAGGAAGCACAUGGAACUUCAUGAAAAGGUCUCGAAUAAGGCGACAAUGGAAUCACGGGCCACUCAGACCGAAGACUUGUUCGUGUCAAUGGAAUCACGGGACACCCAAACUGAAGACCUGUUCUAUGAUACUGAAGAAAAUGAAACUGGCUCUUCAGCUGGUUCUGAACCGGACCUUAAGUAAGCAUUUUGUAUGUUUUGCGAUUGCCAUCCAUAUUGACUGUCUAUUAGAAGUGACGCAAGCGAGCUUUCUACGUCUCCGCCUACUUCUGCCACGACACCGACUUACAUCUAUUUCAAUUCAGCACCCAAUCCCUUUUUCAAAAAGCCGGCUGCGCUUGGAAAUGCUUCUCAUAGAAGUAAGACCCCAUCCGGAACAAGAGAGCAGGAUAUUGACUCGACUACUCCCCGGUCUUCUUUGCAUUAUACACCUGCAGAUGCAGAAGACUUUAUGGAUAAACUGGUUGAGGACCUUGAGAAGUUCAGUCUAAGCAGCAGGAACUGAGCUGAUAUUACAAAAAGUCAAAUUCGAGGUUAAGCAACUUUCUCAUCGCGACAGGUUGUGUAGUAAUGAAAGACUUUGAGAAUGGAGCUUUGUGUUGGAGUUAUCUGUGGGAAUUGUUUCACUUUCAAGGGGGGUUCAUUUGGCGUUCAAUUUGAACUAUUUCCUGCAAGUGCUGUGGCACGUUGCCAUCACGAGGGAGAUUGCAGAAGAAUCUGUCUUUGACUACAGGUUGAGACUUUGUUGAAGGUGUUGAUAUAGAAAGAUUGUAUUCUAGCUUUUUGCUGUACCUUGCUUUGCCGACGUAGGGGGUAUAAUUUCAUGAGAAGGAUGUUUCGAUGAAAGGGGUGUUUGGGAUUUUAGCUUGAAUUUCAUGCCGAUUUCAUGUCGAGCGUUAAGCUAGUUCUAAAGUGAAUAAUAU